AGGGCCUAGGAGUGGAACUAUUUUACCUGUCGGAAUAAAUACGCGUUCCAUUAGUGUGAAACGGAGGGAGGUGGAAUGUUAUUGAUGCUGUCUUCGGAGUAGUGCUGGUGUGGUGUAAUCGUAGGUUUGGCAGAUUAAACAUGAAUGAGAAGUUGAAGGUCAUUGUUGAAGAGCUUGCUAAAGAGCCCUUCAAUAAGAAGUACAAUGUCAUUAGUUUUGAUGCCUUGGGCUCUGAGCAGCUACUACAGGCGUUAAACGAUGUGUUCGCCGAGAUCGAUAAUCAGCACGCCAUGGACCUGCGGGAGGAGCCGCCGGAGGAGACAGUGCUCAGGAUGCUGUCCUUCCUGCGCAUCCUCAAGUAUCAGCCGUCGGCGGACCCGAGCUCAUUUCGCCAGGGCCUGGUAUCGGGUGAAAAGUACAUUAUAUACCCGAUUCUGGAGUGGUGCCUGCUUAAGCUGCCGGACCUAAAGAAGCGCGCGUACCUGGCCCGCUACCUCGUCAAGGUCGAGAUCCCCGGAGACAUCCUCACCGAUCCUGAGCUGGACGUCAUGUACAAACAGUACGAGGACUUAAUCGAGGAGUUCAAGGCGACGCACAAGGAGUACGAGGCACUGCGCAACUCGGUCUUCCAGACCGCCGAGCUGCGCAAGGAUAUCGCCGCCAUGGAGGAGGAGCGCGAGAUCGUCACCAAGAAGAUCGAGCGUCUCAAGAACAAGGUGGAGGGCCACCCCAACAAGGACGUACUGCUCGAGUCCGCCAAAAAGUUGCGUUUGGAGAAGGAUCGCGAGCAGGAGCUGGCCAAUCAAAAGAUUGAGCAGGAGCAGGCCAUCUCGCGCGCCGAUCAGCGCCUGGCGCGAAUGCAGACCCAGCUCAAGGACCUACGCGCUGCCAGCAUGGGCACCACGCCGGAGGCUCUGAUACAGAGGCUGGAGGAGGAUGUGAACGUGCACACAUACUUGGCCAAUGAGAAACUGCCUAAGGAGCUAGAGGUGAAGAAGAAGCAGGUGGCCAACUUGGAGAAAGUGGCUAACGUGCCUGCACUGACUGCCCAGGACUUGGAAAAGAUCAAGAAGAAGAUCGGGCUGGUGAACAGCGAGGUGGCCCACCUGGUUGAGCAGCGCAUGAUGGCGUCCGACUCGUCCGACGACAAGCUGGGCAUGUUCCGUCAGCAGGCGGCUGUCGUGGCUAAAAAGAAGGAAGCGGCCGCCGAGAAGCUGCAGGAGCAGCAACAGAUGCUGCAGCAGAUUAUGGAUGAUCUCGCCGAGAAGCGCGGCCAGCUGGAGGAGCAGGGCGGACCGGAUGGCACGGUGCGCGGUGACGACUUCAAGCAGUACGUGCACCAGCUGCGCGGCAAGUCGGCCGUCUACAAGAAGAAGCGGCUGGAGAUCGGGGAGCUGCGCGCCGAGUUCGGCGUGCUCAGCAGGACCCUCGAGAUCCUCAAGGGCAAGGACGCUGUCAUCUCCAACAUGGUGUCGGACAUGGAGAAGGAGCGCGGCGUGAGCGGCAUCACGGGCACCCAAGAGAAACUGGAACAGGAGUCGGAGAGCAAGGCCAGCCUGGACGAGCAGAAGGGCGAGAAGCUCAGUGACAUGUCCACCAUGGUGCUGCGACUGAACGAGAAGAUCGCCCAGCGCAAGGCCAAGCUGGCGCCCAUCAUCAAAGAGCUGCGCGGCAUGCGGCAACAGAGCCAGGAGGUGACGAUCGACUACGAGGAGAAGAAGCACGCCUACGACUCCAUGGCUGCGGGACUGGAGAGCAACAACGCCAAACUGGAGACGGAGGUGCGGGACAUGAAGCGUGAACUGGCCGAGUCCGAGUCGCGCAUGCACUGGCUGAACGCCCAGCGAGAGAUCUUGACGGCGCAGAAGCAGAUGGUCGAGAAGGAGACCAAGCUGUACACGGAGAAGGGCAAGGGCAAGUCACGACGGGAUCAGCUGCAGGCACUGAUAACGGAACAGGAAAAGCAAAGCAAGGCUCUGAAGGAAGACCACAAGAACCUAAAGGAGAACUCCGCUGGUUCGGCAAAACAGAUGCAGAUGUGGAAGGAUUUGUUGAAGCUUGUGGAGAUGAAGCGCCAGUGCUGGGACGCGCCCAAGCGCCAGGCGUCGGCCGGAAAGUUCCAGAAGGAGUCGGCCGGCGAGCGCCUGGAGCUGUGAACCGCCGCCGUCCCCUGCGGCGCUCAGCUCCACCGGCUGUCCGGGACGCCUCUACACAGCUGCAGCCGCCAUAUCGCACGUCUGCCUUAGACCCGAUCUCUUGGCGAUCUCAGACCCGAUCUCAUGGCGAUCUCAGACCCGUUCUUAUAGCGAUCUUAGACUCGGGCUCAUAAUGAUCUCAGACCCGGUCUCAUGGCGACCUUAGGCCAAAUCUCACGCGAUCUCAGAAUAUAUAUUUUAAUGUCGGGGGCUCCACGGCUGCCUGAUCUACGCGUAACGGAUUUGUGAUCUCAUCUGGCUAGUCACACGCACUGCGUUUGGUGUGUGUUUCGUUAAGUGGCACAGCCAGUGUGAUUGCCGUCGCCCGUCAUUACGUGUUCAACGGCGGACCCGUCGGCUAUGGGUUAGGCGUUCUUCUCGCGAUGACUUCGUUUGUUUUAUUUACAUUUUGAGACAAAAUUAUAUAUAUAUAUAUAUAUAUAUAUAUGUUAUUUGUUAUUUGGUGCGGGUAACUUUGCUUGCUUUAGGAACAACCAUUGGUACCUGAGCUAUAUGAACCAGCCAUAGGCUUCCGGAUAUUUUGUCCGGCACUUGACUGCGUAAAUAUGUGACAUUGGUUAUCUAAAGUUUCGUUGUUGGAACUUAUGGGAAUUACGGGAAGUUAUGGUUCAAAGGUUAUUUCCGAAAUGUACUACUUAGUUGUGUGUAUUAUCUCUGCGAAUCGGUGAGUUUUGUCCCAUCAGUGUUUCACUGAAUGCUGCUUGUCUGACCGAACAUGAAGGCGUUCUCGAUAGGGCGACGCACCGCCUCUCGACAGAGCUGGCGUCAACGGAACCGUCCACCGCUCAGUGUUGGAAAAUAAAUGCACCCAAGCUUACU